CCCACAGCAACUAACGCGUUCAAAAGGCUGUCCGCGCUGGCUUCUGUCCCCAUACUUUACCGAUACUAUCUCCCGUAACUCUUCGCGCACAUAGCCACACUAUUCUCAUACCACACCCGCCGCUAGCGACCUCCCCAUCUACUAGAAACGCAGCAUUGAGAGCGCGCCGAGGCACAAGCUGAGCUUGUCGCUAAAAGGCUCGACGCCGCCCCAUUACCCUCAGAAUACCACCAACCCCAUACUACCCCAUAAUGUCCAUAUCGGAUGGAGAUAGCUCGGCCCCGGCCCUGGCCCUUGGCCUUCGUCACUACCGCGACCAGAACGACGAGGAAAACGCCUACGACAGGAUCAGGGAGUUUGUCCGCUCCCUCGGUCUCUCUGCGAGCGACGGACUCAUCUACCAUGCUACCGAGAAUACGCAUGAGGACCUGAAAGAUGUCCUAAACCCACGCGAUCACGAAUGCUCCUCGAAUUGCACUGCAGAAUCGCACGGCACCAUCACCCCGACCCUCUCCAUCCCUUCAUCCCCUGAGCGCCUACAACCCCUGGUUCCUCCCACAAAUUACGGUGCGAUUCUGCCCGGGUGCAUCUACCGCAGUGGAUACCCGCAGGAGAAGAACUACGGCUUCAUCAAGGACGUUGGUAUCAAGACAAUCUUGACUCUCGUGCCGGAGCCCCUCACGCCUGAGUUCCAGGCCUUCAUGAAAGAUGCUGGCAUACAGCAUUUUCACGCCCAUAUACGCGCCAAUAAGGGCGAAGUUCGCGUCGAGUCGUGCGAAAUGGCACGGGCUCUCCGUCUCAUCAUGGAUCGCUCAAACCAUCCCAUCCUUGUACAUUGCAACAAGGGAAAGCACCGCACUGGAUGCACCAUCGCUUGCUUCCGGAGGGUGCUAGGCCUCGAUCCUGACGUCAUCCGCGAGGAAUACCACACGUACGCCGGCGUCAAGGCCCGCUUUCUCGACGAGGUCUUUUUCGAGAAUUUUGACAUCAACCUCGUUAUGUGGGUGGCGCGCCAACAAGGCUGGGUCACGCCUGAGAUGGACAUUGCACCGCCCACGCCGCCAGCCUCCAUCACAUCCAGCGUCACCAUCAAGGCUGUCGCUCUCGCAUGACCACACAUAUCCUGUACUACAUCACACACUUUUUCUCUUGCAUAUUCUGGCGUUUAACAAGGGGCCUAUGGAAUCAAGGUCGAAGACCAUUCCCACUAAGAUGAUUUGUCUUUUUUGGUCCCUUUUCGGGAUCCGGCGCAACAAGGGAAGUCACAAGGCGAUACCAUCCAAACCAAUGCAUUGAGGUUUGUACUAAGGGUGAAGGGGAUCCGGCGUUUGAGGUACUUUCCAAGCAAUCAUUGGAAUUAAACUCCUUUUUCUUUUAUUUCUUUAAAACUGUUGUAUAAUACUACACUUGAGUAGUAAAAAUACAACAGCUUUUUUCGUCAUUUUGACCCUUUUUUUUCUUGCUCUCUCACCACCUGCUUUCGUCACAUGUGUAUUCAACAUAAGAAGAAGAGAA